AUGACCCAAGACGGCGAGUCCCAUGCAGACGAAAACCGCAGUUUCAUCCGAUACAUAAUUUACGGAUUCCUCGGCUUAAGUAUCCUUACACUCCUCACUAUCUUCCUUACCUGGAUCAUCCUCCGACCACACAAACCAAGUUUCAUCCUCCAAGACGUAAGGGUCUUCGCCUUCAACCUUACCUCCAUCGGCGAAACACCGUCCCUAACCGCCCCGCCACUAAACACCGUAACCCUCACAUUUCAAGUCACUCUUUCAUCCUUAAAUCCAAACUCCAAAAUCGGCAUUUACUAUACUAAACUUGACGCCUAUGCUUCCUAUAGAGGACAGCAAAUCUCUCUUCCAACUGAACUUCCAGAAACUUAUCAACGUCACGGGGAUAUUGCAGUUUGGUCGCCGAUGUUAUACGGUUCGGCCGUUCCGUUUUCGCCUUAUUUGUCGGGGAUUCUGCGGCAGGAUAUUACUGCAGGUGGGGUUUUAUUUAACAUUAGAGUCAAUGGGAGGGUUAAGUGGAAGGUUGGAACUUUGGUUUUUGGAAGGUAUCAUAUUGAUAUGAACUGUCCGGCGUAUAUUCGGGUUGCCGGCGAUAAAGGUGGUGACAGGUUCGGAGUUUUUGAUCCGGCGGUUAAGUUUCAAAUAUCAAAAAGUUGUGUUGUUGAUUUUUAA